GACAAAACACCCAGAAAGAUCGCCUUGACCGCUCAAGUCGCUCCCCUCACCGACAACCCCCUCAUCCUGCCACUAACAAGCGUCGCAACCCGCACCCAGGAUCCCGUCAGCCCGCCUCUCCUCCGUCACCUACCGCCUGGCACCAAUCUCAUCCUGCGCCAUGUGGUAGCAUCGGAGACACGAGGUCCAUCUAGGACUCUGGGUCUUACCCAACUGGAAAGGGGCUGGAAGCCAUCGAGAACAUCGUCACAACCACCUAGUCUGUGUCAUCUCCAGACUCCAGGCACGCUACCCCAUGGCUUGGACGGAUCAACGGUGGUUGAGGGCUCGGAGAAUGCGGGGAAGAAAACCUUCUUCAUCACUUGGCGGCCUGCCUCUAGGAUCAUGGGUGGCGCUUGA